CUCCCGAAGCCAGAGCGGUGUUCCUUCCAGCAUCCUGACCGCAGCCAAUUCCGGCUCAAAGGCCGGCUGAGCCCGCUGGGACCUGCGCGCCCAUCGUCGGAUGCGCGCAAGAGUCGACCCGAAAGAGUGACCUCUCGCCGGAGUGUCCUCUUCGAGCGGGCCCACCUUCGCACUUGCCUCCACCUGAGUCCCGCCGCCUCCCCGUCCGCAGGAGCGCGAUCGCCGCGGCGAUGGCGCGGGGGGCGCCGCGCCGCGGGCACCGCGCCCGGAGCGCCGCGCUCCUCCUCGCGCUCGCGCUCGCGCUCGCGGGGCCGCGGCGGUGCUUCGUGCCCCCGGCAGGGCGGCCCGCGCCAGGGGCCGCGCACCGCGGCGCCGCCUGGGCGGCGGCGGUGCUGCCGCCCGCCUCCGGCGCCUCGGCGGCGGGCUCGGCCCCGAUGGGCGUCGCGCCCAGCCCGGCGUCAACGCCCUGCCCGAGGGAGAGCAGGCGGCCGUUUUCGUGGCCAUUUUCGCUGGCCUGGCCGCCCUGUCGGCGCUGCUGGCGGGGCCGCUGCUGGGGGCCCUGCGGACGGCAUUGCCCAAGGGCUGGUACGAGAAUUGGCAGAAGACGUGGUGCCUCAUCCCGAACCGUCUACAUGGCGGCGGGCGUCGCGCACUUCACCGCCGCCGAGCCCUUCGAGGCGAUCUACCCCCCGACGGGCACGUGGGGCCUCUGGUACCUCCCCGGCUCCGCGCAGUUCCACGUGGCGUGGACCGGCGUCGCGGAGCUGCUCGGCGGCGCGGGGCUCUUCCUGGGGUCUCUCGCCCUCGGCAUCGCGGGCGCUCUGGGGCAGGAGCCGCCGCGCCCCCUCCGGGCCCUGCCGGCCGCGGCCGCGCUGGGGCUGUACGUGCUGACGUGGUGCGUCACGCCCGCGAACGUCUACAUGUACACGCACGGCGCCAUCAUGACGGGCCUGACCCCUGGGGAUGCGGCCAUCCCGGUCGAGAUCCACGCGGUCCGCGGUGCAUUCCAGGUGGUGCUCCUCGGCCUGCUCUGGAACUUCUACGAGAGCAGCUGGCCGUCGGAGGACCAGCCGGCCGAGGCAUGAGCUCGAGAGGGCGCAAGGCAGAGAGCUCGGGAUCAAUGGAGUGCGUCGUGUUGCCCUGUCGCGCCCAGUAACUCAUGUGUUGCUGCUCUCCCCCUCGCCUGCCCCCCUCCGAUUUUCGCGCCCCGUGUGCCGCGCCGGCAGGGGCGACAGACCACCGCCUCGCCACGAAGAGCAAAAGCGAU